AAUUCCAAAUUUAGUUACCUUUUACAUAUCCUUUUACAGAACGAUAUUUUAUCAUGCUCAAAAACAAUCAUAUUACUAAAUAGGUACUUAUUUAUUUUUACAAGGGGCGUUGAUAGUACCAACAAAUCAAAAGUAUGAAUGAUUUCGCAAAUUUAGAGAAAACUAUAGUCCGUGAGCUGUCAUGUCGCUUGUGUCUGUGUAACGAUGUGGUGAAACUCAAGCCCCUCAGUUCAGAGGUCAAGAGGAAACUUAAGAAGCUCUUCGAAAUCGUCAUCCGAGCUGACGACAGUCUUCCCAAAGCGAUAUGCCACGACUGCUUGCAACAAGUAGGCACCAUGUACCUCUACUCUAUAAAAGUUGAGAAAACGCAAAAGUUUCUCGACUUUUACAAACUAAAAAGCGUAGACGAAAAAAGGGAUGUUCCAAUUGAAGAAAAAAUGCAUCCGAUCAUAGCGGCUUUAUCAAUUGAACGCUUGAAGGAAUCAGAGAAGGCGUUGACCACGCCGAAGGAUAAGCCUCUACCGCUAGAACUCCAGCAAGGAGACUCAAACAAACAACAACAAAAUAAGCAAAAACAAUCAACUAAAAAGAAGUCUCCUGCCGAUAUGAAGUACAUGGAAUCAAUGCCAAUGGAAGAAUUUGCGAAAUCGGAGAAACUAGAUAAGUCCCUGCUAAACACGUCGACACCGCAGCCUAAAGCAAGUUUAUCACCUGUAGAGAAAAAAGAACACAGUAAAAAAGAGAAGGAACCAUUGGAUAUCUCAAAUGACACUCUGGACCCGGUUGUGUUGAUAGACGGGAGGCCGGCUAAGCAAGGGGUGGCACUGGACAGACAAAUAACACUGUUUUACAAGAUGGAAUGCUGCAUAUGCCACGAGAAUGGGUUCCACUUCAGGUCCUUGAUGAAACACUACAAAGACAGACAUGGUGUGCCUGGAUACGUGACAUGCUGCGACAAAAAGUUCCACUACUUCUACCCUAAGAAAAUCAUCGAGCAUAUGGCCUUCCAUCUGCAACCUAGUAUAUUCAUGUGCCCAAGUUGCCACCAAAAUUUCCAAACCUCCCAAGAGUUGGUGGAGCACCAGAGCAACGGUGGGCGGUCUGAAGGCAAGAUCGUCUGCCCUCGUUGCAGUGAGCGAUACCCCACCUAUCACGAAUUGGGAUGGCACAUCAUCACACACCGGAAGGACAAGAUGCAAUGCGAUUAUUGCGGCAAGCAAUUGAAGCACCACCAUCGUAAAAAGACCAUAAACCACAUGGAAGACAUGAUUUUGUGUUCUCAGUGUAUUCGCACACUGAGAAGUAUAGAAAAGCAAGAAAAGGAACUAAAGGAGAAAAUUAAAGCUAAAAGCAACGACACGAUCACACUGCAAAAGUAUCAGAAGUUCAGGCAAGCGAUGGGGCUCUCUGGCGACGAGGACGCAUCAACCGAUUAACCAGACAUUUUCGAAAAAAAUAGAAAAUUAUAGAAAGUGUUUUGACGCUAUUUAAAUAAAGGUGUAUUUUUU